AUGAACUUGGUCGCGACGAAUGAUAUGGAUGAGAUCUAUGAGGAUCCUGAGUAUGGUGAGAUGGGAGAACUGGAGGAGUUAUUGACUAAGGUUGAUAAGAGCGAGGACACGGAUGAUACGGGAGCGAGUGUGGAGGCAGCAGUGAAGCAGGAAGAGGAGAUAGUGAUCAAGGAGGCAACAGCAGUAAACGGUGGAGAUGGAGACGGUGUCAACACUUUUGCAGCAGCGAUCGUGGUUGAAGAUAAAGCAGUAAAUGCGAAGUGUGUGGGAGUUGAAGCUGUGAAAGGGGACAUCAUGGUGAAAGGAUCAAAGGCGAAUGCAACUGCCAAGGGGCAAGUGCUUAAGGAGGAUGAACGCGUUGAAGGGUACGAGACCCGAGAGGUGUUGGGUGUAAAGAUGCUGAGGAGAAGCGAGAGGCAUAAGAAAAUCUCUCAAGGUUUGGAUGUCAAGGCGCUCAACUUCAAGACACGUAAGCAGAGGUGCUCUCCCUCCUCUCACCCUACUCUCACCCUCCUCUCACCCUACUCUCACCCUCCUCUCAGCCUCCUCUCACCCUCCUCUCACCCUCCUCUCACCCUCCUCUCACCCUCACCCUCCUCUCACCCUCCUCUCACCCUCCUCUCACCCUCCUCUCACCCUCCUCUCACCCUCCUCUCACCCUCCUCUCACCCUGUUUCCUAA